AUGUCGGUAGCAUUCUUGGCCGAUCCCAUAGAGUCGAAUAUAUCAGUCAAGGAUCUGCAGAAUGCAGCUACUAAGCUCGGUAUUAAGAUUCCAGACGGCCAAGAGACGGAGGCUUACUUGCACUUGCUCCAGUCGGUCGAGGCCGUGAUGAGACGCAUCCAGAGCAGCAACGACUACAUUCACCCUGUACUAUCCCCUGUGGCAACGAAAACUCCACGUACCUAUUGGGAGCCUCCAAAGGAAGAAAAUCCUUUGAAUGCUUGGAGAUUUCGUUGCGAAUUUAUCGCGGCAAACCCGGUCAGCAACUUACUCCGUGGAAAAACUAUAGUUAUCAAAGACAAUAUCUCAGUUGGUGGCCUACCAACCACCGUAGGCACAUUUACCGAGUUGCUUUGCAAGGAUGGCCAGCUUCCAUUAUCUCCCAUUGAUGCAUCCGUGGUUUCGCGAAUCCUUUCAGCGGGUGCAACGAUCAAAGGGUCCUCCACUUGCGAGAACUAUUGUGCCUCCCCACUCUCGUUCAGCGCUGCCAGUGGUCCUGUGCAUAAUGUCUUGGCUCCUGGCUAUACUUCUGGUGGAAGUAGCAGUGGAUCCGCUGCUCUUGUUGCAGCGACAGUCAGACGCCGUGAGACUGGUCACUCUUUUGAAGAAACGGUCGAUAUUGCGAUUGGUGGGGAUCAAGCUGGUUCGGUCCGGAAUCCAGCGUCCUAUAGUGGUAUUUAUGGUCUGAAGCCCACAUUUGGUCUCGUGCCCUAUACCGGUGCGGUCUCGUUGGCACCCAUGAUUGAUCAUUUGGGACCCCUUGCGGCUAACCUCGAAGAUAUCGCCUUGUUGCUGCAAGUGAUGGCUGGAUAUGAUGGAAUUGAUCCACGAAUGACCCCGGAAUCUCCACUACAAGCUCAAGUGGAAGACUACCCCAAAGUUCUGGCGGAGUUUCGGAACCGCGACCUGAAAGAUGGAGAUAGGAUUGGCACUGGGAUGAAGAUUGGGUUGUUGACGGAGUCAUUCGACGUCCCGGGUCUAUCCCAAGAAGUUCGCGAGACAGUGCUGCGAUCUGCCCGGUCAUUCUUUGCCGCCGCAGGAGCAGAAUUGAUAGAGAUAUCCGUUCCUCUGCACAGCGAAGGCAGCCUCAUCUGGACUGCCGCCACGAGAACGCACAUGUCUGAAUGGGCCUGCCAGGGUAAGACGUCUGGACAUUUGUCUUUCCUACCACCACAUAUCCAAGCCCAAUGGCCACCCGACCAGCGAAUGUAUGAGCUGCUCACCGCGACCAACCCGGCAGUAAUAAAUGUCAUGCUCUCUGGACCAUUUCUUCAGGAACACUUCGGUCCCAGCGUUGAAGCCAAGGCGCACCGCAAAGUAUUUGAGCUUCGAGCAGCCUACGAUCACGCAUUGACACAAGUUGACAUCCUGGUGACUCCAUGCGCUCCCACCGUUGCGAUGCCUCAUCCCAAGAUGCAGGCUGAUGGCGAUGGGCCCGAGUCAACCAUCAUGGAGAAGCUCUCGGCCGCCGUGGGGGUGACUACGAACACGGCACCGUUUAAUGUCACUGGACACCCUGCAAUGAGUGUGCCUUGUGGGUUUGGCCGUGCAGAGAGUCUUCCAAAUCAACCUGAGCUCCAAUUGCCAAUAGGGAUGCAACUUGUUGGCCGACGCUGGGAGGAUGCGAUGUUGUUGAAAGCUGCGGCUGUUUUUGAAGCAGGCCGAUCGAUUGUAUCAGCGCCCCCUGGGUUAGGAAGAUGA